GCACCCGGACGAGAGCUUGCGAACGGUGCACAUUAAUUAACCGCCCACGCAGUAUAGACACAGCCGGUUCAAGACACACGACCAUGCGGAGGCAUCUAUGUACGCAACUGUUGCCGCGUCUGCGCACUCGAGGCUGCACCCCACAACUGCUCGCUCCCUACACCAGUUUCAGAGCGAGCCUCCGCUUCCAGUCCUCCGAUGCCCCGUCUCGCACAGCGCAAGACGCAGACGACUUGAAGUCGCGGUUCGUCGCGAUCGAACGCGUCGGCGGGCGGGAGUGCCAUAUCUCGUGGUCGGAGGAGGCAGGGUCAUCGGGCGUCAGGAAAGAAUGGCGAGAUAUUGCGGCGGUGGACCCGGAGGACGGGAAGAUCGCUGCGCCCACGAACUCCUUGACAGGACGAAUAUCGUCCUGGUUCGGGCAGAUGGUCCUCCCGACGAACUAUCCUCACUCCGUGCACCGUUCUUACCUCCCCUUCCACAUCCUCCAGUUCUUCGAGACGACUGUUGCGACGAUCACCUCUGUUCUAUGUAACCAGGCGCUGCUCACCUCCGUUGGGGUCUCAGCGGAGGGCAGUGUGUUCGGCGCGGUUGCCGUCCAGUGGAUUAUCAAGGACGGCGCGGGCGAGGUUGCGAAGCUGUUCUUCAUCCGACGCUUUUCGCCGUACUUCGAUAGUCACCCGAAGACGUUCACGUUCUUCGGCGAGUUAAUGGGGUGCUUGGGAAGCGGGUUGCAGAUCGCGACGCUUCUUAUAGCGCCGUCCCCAGGGAACUUCUUGCUCUGUGCUGCUGGCGGGAACAUCUUCAAGAUCGUCGGGAACGCGAUCUGGUUCACCACGCACAUCAAGUUCAUGCGCUACUUCUCCGAGCAAGGCAACACCGGCGACGUCGCGGCGAAGGACGAGUCGCAGUCGUCGAUCGCGCAGCUCGUCGGGUACGCGUCCGGGAUCAGCCUGCUCGCGGUCUCGCACACGGCGCCAUAUCUGUACGCCAUCUUCGCGUUCGCGGUGCCCGUGCACCUCGCGAUGACCGCGUACAUGAUGCGCGUGGCGACUUUCGAGCUGCUCACGCUUCCACGAGUGAGCUGCCUCGCGCAGGAAUACGUAACGCGCGGGCAGGUGUCUUCGCUUGGCGAGCUCGAUGCGGCGCACCGCACGGGGCUCUUUGGCGAAUUCUACAGGGACAAGAGCGAUCGAUGGCUCACGCUCGCGCCGCGGGUAGGAGACGUCCUAGACUCCGGAACCGAGCUCGAGCGUGUGCGAUGGCAGAUAUGCGCCGGGGUGUUCGAGGACGACCGGUACCUGCUCUUCCCCCGCGGCCGGAACAUUUCGGUCUUCUUUCACCCUGACGCUGCGAACGACGACAUGCUCUGCGCGAUCUACCACGCAGCGCUCGUCCGCGACGCCCUCAUCAACCGGGAGGCAUCCUCGACGGACGUGCCCCCAGCGGAAGGGCUCCUCGAGCCAACGGACACCGACUCCCAGGCCGCGCUGAAACUUAUCCUCGCCGACACCGGUGCUCGGGCGGAGCGGGACUUUGAGGUCUUCAGGGAGGCUCUUGAAGCGCGCGAGUGGAGAACGGACGAACUGUGCUAUGCGGACCACGGACACAGGGUGACAUGGGCGCACGAUGGCUGAUGGAGCUACUGGCCGAGAACCUUACAGCAUUGAAAUAUGCGCCGCGCCGCGGAUUCGCGCGCAACUCUCUACCGGCGACUACUUACAGGCAACGUCGCACGAUUCGCGCCCCCGAUGGCCGGAAGUUGGCACCAGCGGAGCCGCGCCCUGUACGCUGCUGCGUCUGGCGGUGGUCUGCGCGCUGAUGCCUGUGCGCGGUAGACAGACCGGAGUACUUUACGUUUGAUCCUACGUCGUGGAUCCACUAUUACGACUGUAAUCCUACACACAACUCACUACUCUCAGUACUUACUAUUGGUAAUAUAUAGAAACAC